UCGUGUGUGCAAGCAGUGCGUUUUCUGUCAUCAUGGCGUUAGCAGCGGCUGUCAAACGCUGUGCAUCUUCAGCAUUGUUUCACAGAUCAUUGUCAUUACCAGAACUUAGAUCAGCCUGCUCUUAUCAUAAAAAGGUGGUAGACCAUUAUGAGAACCCCAGAAAUGUUGGUUCCCUUGACAAAAGUGCCAAGAAUGUGGGCACUGGUUUGGUAGGCGCACCUGCAUGCGGGGAUGUUAUGAAACUACAGAUUCAGGUGGACAAAAAUGGAAAGAUAGUGGAUGCCAGAUUUAAAACAUUUGGCUGUGGCUCAGCCAUUGCAUCUAGCUCUCUGGCCACAGAGUGGGUGAAGGGAAAAUCGGUUGAUGAAGCACUUAAAAUCAAAAACACAGAGAUUGCCAAAGAACUUUGUCUUCCACCGGUCAAACUACAUUGCUCGAUGCUUGCAGAAGAUGCUAUCAAGGCUGCAUUAGCAGACUACAGGCUUAAACAAAAAGACUACAAGGAGAGGCUGGCCGAAGCUAGAAAUUAAGGUCCUCAUGCACAGAUGAGUCUCUGUCACCCACUGGCCUUGACUCAGAAUCAUGAUGUAGUUUGUUUCCUGACUAAGGCUUCAGUAAACAAGCGCAAAUAUCUUACUAUUAUAAGUGUACUGCCUUAGGGUUGCUGUGAGGAUCUUUUAGAUUCAGUGUCUUGAAUCACGCACAUUAAAAUAAACUCUUGCAUUCUUAAAGAGCUCAUACUGUGAUGUGUAAUGUUCUCCAUAUUUAAUGCAUACUACUACAAUGCUUGUGAAUUAGUUUUCCCACAGUGUACGAGAAGUAUAAAUUAAGGAAAAAUGCAUAUAUCUUUUCAGAUUUGUUUCCCCAAGGGGAUUGUGGGCAGUGAAAAACACCUAAACGAGCGCAAAUUGAUUCCAUGACAAAGAUGCAUAGACUUCAAUGCUGUAUUUUAUCUUGCACAACUCAAUAAAGCCCUAAAUAUUCAUUUUGCUUCA